CCGAGGCUUCUCUCAGGAGGGAAAUCGGAGUGGCUGUUGCUGUGGACUUAUUAACCGGCCCUCGCCGCCGGCUAUCACUCGAAUUAUCAAUUUUUUCGGGGGUGAUUAACCGUAACUAACGAGUUUCGAAGGCUUCAUGAUAUCUGGAAUCAACGGGGAGUCGAAAGAGCCAGCUAUGGAGUCGGCUAUCAUGAAUUUGGAGCAGAGUGUCCACAGGGCUAAUGGUAAAUUAGCCUCGAUCACUUGGAAAAUUGAGACUUUUGAAAAGGAGUUUCCAGAUCCUGAGAAUGAGCUAUCAGUCCUCACACUAAUUCGUUCAGUAGCCCAAGUCAAGGACGAGUACCAGAGUCUCCGACAGGAGAUCCUAGAGGUCCAGCAGCUCCAAAAGCAACUGACCGACUCCUUAAAAGCCCAGGUAUCCCAAGUACAGGGGCACUUCAACAUCCUCCGUGACAGGAUCGUGGGCCACAAGAAAAUACCCCAGCUAAAAUGAGUAGACUCCUUACAGAGAGACCCUUAAGACUUAACGCCCUAUAAUUUAUAAUUUCCCUCAUUUCCACUCGUCGUUCAGAAAAUUGUGAGAAUUUCUAGGAAAUGAAGACCCUCCCUGAUUAACCGAGAUUAUUUCACAGGGUAUAUAAAUAUGUAUAUUUUUUAGAUAUACUUUUAAUUAAUCAUUACGAAGACACCAUUAAAUCAUUGAUUUUUACAAUUACCAUGUGUUCAUGUAAAGUGCAUGCUGGAACUCAAUGCCUGCAUAAUCAAAUCUGUAUCGACAUUAGAUACUGUCGAAAGAUACCCAAUAAUUCAUUAUAGAUCAAUGAAAGGUGGUGCAGAUGAGCAGACGAUGUAGAACCUACGAUAAUCAAAUUAUCCAAUAACUUCCUGAUAGAAUCAAAACUAAUGUAACUAUCCUAGAAUUAAAAGCGAGAGUAUUGACGUUAAAACGAUUAGGGAAUAGGAUGAAGUAGUGAGGAGUGAAAUCAUCUGAAAAAAAAUGAAAGUCCCUGGACUAAUUGGAGAGUACGCGGGGGUCAGGUAAAUUGGGACAGAGGAAGCUGAUAAUUGCCUUAAGAAUCAGUACGAGAUUUUAAUCUCCAAUUGUGUCAAGGGAACUGAGAUAUUCUUCCAAGCACAUCUGCACACUAACGAAAUCUUCCUCUGAAUAUACUGCUACGACUAGAGAUAAGAGACUAAUGACCAAAUAUACGUGAUCAAAGUGUUAAUCAUUCAUCGAAAAUUUGUGCACAAUUAGCAUUUGUCUGUUGAACUCUACUGCACUGAGGGAAAAUGAACAUGUUCUCCAAGGAAAAUGUUCAAAAAUAAGAGAUGAGUCCUCAAACAGAAUAAUAGCGAUGGAGAUAUGAUUGAAUAUUUGUUGAUUAACUUAACUUCAUGAGAGAUAUUUUCUCCUCAGAAGGCACCAUCUAAACUUUCAAAUGUUCUAAUGCAACAUGUUGAAUAAAAUUGUUAUCUUGCUAAUGGAACAUGUUUUUUUUGUUCGAGAACAUGUUCUCUUUUCUCUAAGUGGACUGUAAUUAGACAAUAGUAUUUAGUCGUCAAAGAAAUGAGAAGAAUGGUCUGAAACGCAUUCUCAUUGUGCUGAAUUCAUUAAUUGCUUCUAAUUGCCACUUUUGUUCAUUCAUAACGUCUGUGAUUAAAUUGCUGAUGACGAUUGCUGGUCGGAAUUUUUUUAACGCUAGUUUGUUCCAUCGCUUUGUGUAAAUAUUACGACAUUUUUUGUUGAAAAUCUUGUGGUGCCAUUGCUCUGCUUUUUUUUUAUUUGAAAAGCAAUGUUUUUAAUAGUUCUGAUGUUGUUAUUCGCCAUGAACAAAGACACGGGAAGCUGCAGUGAUGACUUUCUAUUGAGCUAUUAUCACAAUAAACACAUUCAUACACUCUACAUAUACACGUACACAAUUGCUCAAUUUUCCAUUACACAUUGAACUCGUUUUUACCUCUAGAAAAACGAAUCUACAGAAUCUGUAUCUUUUUCGAUAUUUACUGUGUUGUAGAAUAAACUGUU